GUGUGUGUGUGUGUGUGUGUGCGUGUGUCAUGGCGUCGUGCUCCUCCGAGAGGGACGUCGCCUGCGAGGGGCAAAUGUCCUCCCACGCGGCGGAGAUCGAGCUGGACGACGACAGCGCCGGGGAGAGCAGCGGAGCCGGUUCCGUCCGAGCCCUCACCUCGUCCCCGCGGCCGGUGAGAGCGGCUCAACGGGAGGUGAAGUGCAGGCCGACGGACCCCGAGGAGGUGGAGGAAGCGCAGCCCCUCCCGCGGGUUUACGAGUCAACCGUCAAGUUCACGCCCGAGAGCAGGAUGGACCUCUACUGCGACCAGAUACUGGCUUCGUGCAAGGCAGAAGAAGCAGAUGAGGCAAUGAGCAAGUAUCUUACUGAAAAGCUGUGUGCCAGAACUACAUGGCUAGGGGUAUGGAAGACCAAUCCAGAGCUUUUCUUUGUAAAGUAUGAUGAUGGAUCGAUCCCAUAUGUUGGUGUUUUAGUUGAGGUUACAUGUAGGCCUCGCCAGAGUCAAUCUUCUCAUCUGCGAGCUACUGUAUCAAUUAUAGAGCCAUAUUCUUCUAAUAUCGCUAAUCUUCCAAGAGAACUUGUUGAGGAGAUUUUGGAAGAGUUAGAUCACUGUGUGCCAUUAUUGGAAGUUUAUCCAACAGAUGACCAGGAUUCUGCUGUAUGUAGCAUUGCGCAAGCUCUGGAGAAUGUCAGAUUCUUUUAUGACUUCCUAUGGAGAGAUUGGGAUGACGAAGAAGCCUGUGAAAAUUACACUGCACUUAUAGAGGAACGUAUUAAUUUAUUUUAUGACAUUCAAGAUGGGACUAUACCGGGCCCUGUAGGUCAACGCUUCAAAAGAACAUUAGAAAAAUACAGAAACAAACGUGUGGAGCUGAUAGAAUACCAAAGCAAUAUAAGAGAGGAUCCAUCAGCAGCUGAAGCAGUGGAAUGCUGGAAAAAAUAUUAUGAAAUUCUUAUGAUUUGUGGAUUGUUAAAAAUCUGGGAAGAUUUGCGUCUUAGAGCACAUGGGCCAUUCUUUCCAAGAGUAUUGAGGCGCCGGAAAGGACAAAGACCCUCUGGAAAAAUUGUAACUCAUAUUGUGGCCAAGAUGAUGACAGCUGACAUGGUUAAGGAUUUUUCUUCUAAUACGCUGAUUCAACAGCAUGACAAUUUAGAUGCAGCCUUGGACAAUUGCUUCAGUGGUGACACAGUGGUCAUUUUUCCAGGAGAAUAUCAGGCCUCAGGACUUGGAAUGCUAACUGAUGAUAUCAUUGUUAGAGGAGCUGGCAGCCGGGAAGAAAUUGUAGUCUUUUCAGAUCCCACACAGGACAAUUUUGUGGCAUCAAAAUCCCCAAAUGUCUGCUUAGUUCACCUGACUCUCGUGCAGCGGGGAACUACUGAUGGAAUUGUGGUUGUGGAGUCUGGUCACUUGACACUUGAAGAUUGUGUAUUGAAAUGUGAAGGUACUGGCGUUUGUGUUCUAACAGGAGCAGCUUUGACCAUGAAGAAUUGUGACGUGAUGGGUGCCCAGGGACCAGGGGUUGAACUAUACCCAGGAAGUGUUGCAUGUUUAGAAGGAAACGAAAUUCACAAGUGCAGUAACAUUAAAAAUACAGAUGUUCUCAAAAGCAUGUUGGGAGGAAUUAAACUGAAGGUUCUGCCACCACCAAAGCUGAAGCUCAACAACAAUUAUGUCCAUUCUAAUAAUGGCUAUGGGAUCACCAUAAUCCAGCCCGAUGACAGGCACUGCCAUGACUCAGAAGAGGAAGUACUGGAAUGUGCUGCAGGAGGUGAUAAAAGAGAAGAGGAUUUUCUGGUUAAAGCAAUGCAGGAUAUGAGUCUUGAAAUGAACAAUAAUAAGCUUGAAAACAAUACAAUGGGAGAGAUAGGAGUCAUUGUUUGUUAAUUACUCUGACGUGAAGAUAUAUUGCAGAGUUAGAAACUCUGUUUUGUUUAACAUUCUUACCUUGACUCAAAAAUAUAUUUGUAAUUACCUGUUCAAUAAUAUUUGUUUCAUAAUAUUUUAUUGGGGAAUUAAAAAAUUGACAUUUUAGAACAGUUCAAAUAUAAAUGCAUACAAUAAACUGAGAAUGGUUUUAAAGUUACCUCUGAACUAAGCUGUUUACACACCCACCUUGUUUAUGUGUUGUGCAAUAAUGGUGGUCCUUAUUAAUCUGUGCUUCAGCUAAACUUUAAACUUGUAUGGCUACACAUUUUAUUAACACCUUUAGCAAAGGUGUUAAUAAAAUUAACACCUCAACCAAAAGCGGAUUUGAAACUUAAGACUAACAAGCCAUACCUUUAUUAGAUUUCUUCAUUUUAAUGAAAUGCAUAUACAAGGUUGAGAAUUUUCCAAGCUUGUUACAUUUUAAUCUAACACCUGUAAAAUGUAACAAAGCUGCCGUAUUGGGAUGAAUUGUUGCUGAUUUGGAAGGAAGCGGCAAUAAAAUGUCUUGAAUAUUCAUCACAAUGAUAUAAUUCAAGGUAU